GAGUCUUUUCAGUUGCUAAUGCAUGCGCACACACACAGAAGCUCUUCGCUCUCCCAUUGGUCCACAGCCGGCUGACUGCACGAGAAUAGGGGAACUUUUGGAGUGAACAGGCAGAUGAGUUCAGUGUGUGAGUUGGCCUUCUGACAACAAGUGGUUUUCCGCUGAGAACUAAUUCAUAGCACUGAGGAGAGGUAGCUGCUGGAUUUUUGAAUCACUUUAGUGUAUUUCAGUAUCAAAGUAAUGACUGCUACAACCAGACUUAUCAUUUAAGAGAAAACUGGUCGUCCUUUGCGGUGUUUUUGUCUCCUGGGUGCGUCGUGAGUAAUUAGUUGAUUUGCAUCACCCGGCGCUCCCGGUUAAACCUGGCCCCAAGUCGCCAGGUGGACGGCGACAAAGGCUACUGUGUGUUCAGUGUUUUAACUCUUCUGUAACUCCUUCACUUCACUACAACUGUCCAACAUGUACAGCAUGAUGGAACACGAGUUGAAGCCGACCGGCCAGCCUCCUUCUCACCAGACCUCCCAGGGAAUGUCACCGGUCACCGGCAACAUGACCGGGAACAUGGGAAGCAAUGGCAACUCUCACCCGGGCUCCAAAACUGCAUGCCCACCUGGAGUCGACCCAAUGGAUAAAGUCAAGCGGCCCAUGAACGCCUUUAUGGUCUGGUCCAGGGGGCAGAGGCGCAAGAUGGCCCAAGAAAACCCCAAAAUGCACAACUCUGAGAUCAGCAAGCGGCUGGGAGCGGAGUGGAAACUCCUGACUGAUGCCGAGAAGCGGCCUUUCAUCGACGAGGCCAAGCGGCUCCGGGCAGUCCACAUGAAGGAGUACCCCGACUACAAGUACAAACCACGCCGCAAGACAAAGCCCCUGCUUAAGAAGGACACUCAGGUAGGCAAGUACCCGCUGUCAGCAGGCAACCUACUGGUAGCGGCGCAAGGCCAAGGUGGCAGUCCGAGGAUGGACAGCUACGGCUGGGGUCCCACUGGGGGGUACGCCGGCAUGCAGGGCGAGGCGCUCGGCUACACACAGCAGCUACACCGGUACGAUCUGUCAGCUCUCCAGUACCCACCUGCAAUGACUGCAGCACAGUCUUACAUGAACGGAGCCAACUCGUACAGCCCGAUGUCAUACAGCAGCAGUCCCCAGCAGCCCAGUCCCGUCACCAUGUCCAUGGUGAAAGCAGAACCAGUGUCCCACUCGCCUCCGACUGGGACGCCAAACCACCACCGGGGCCCUUUGCAGGGUGACCUCAGGGACAUGAUCAGCAUGUACAUCCCCGGACCAGGAGGGGAUGCCGGUGACCCCACGGCAGCACAGAGGGGCUACACCAGUGUCCAGCAGCACUACCUCACUGGAACCGUCCCACUCACACACAUCUAGGACUGGAAGUGGGAGUCAUGGGGGGGGUGGGGGGUGAACUCAGUGGGAGGACCAGAAAUGCUUACGAUGCACAGCUGGCAGGACAGGAGAUGGAGUCGGGUGUGGGGAGACUGUAGACUGGCAAAGCAAAGAGACACAAGAUGUUAAGGAAAACACUUUCUUUUUUUCUGCAUUCAGUAGUCUACCAGAACCAGAUGUGCCUGCAAUUAGACAGACAUACAAGUGUCGAAUGCAUUCUUAUUAAUUGAAAAGCUGUUUUUCUACCUCUUCGGUGCCCCAUCAGUUAAGAUAAAUGCCACACACAGACACCACCACAAGUACAGAGCGGAGACUCCUCCCUGCCCACUACCCUCCAGCAGAAGGACUGCAGUGAAGACAGGGGCCACGUCUGUUUAUUGUGUACAUACUUCUGUCUUUUUCUGUCUUCUUGUCUUUUUAUAUUUUUUAGAACUUCUCCAUAAUAAGUCAAGAGACUCAUUUUAAUACCACCCUAAACACUGGCACUCAUGACAGUUCCACCAAUCCCAGUCCGUGCCGGGCGACUGGGCCAGUCAGCGGGUUCAGUCUUCCACUGUUUGACCACGGAGCAGUCUACAGCCACAGCACAGAGACAAAUGUCCCAGCAACCUGCUCGACGGAUCACAAUCUCUCAGCUGGUGACAGACGAAUCACCCGAGCUGAAGUGCUCUGAUUGUUUAUUUUUUUUAUUUGUUGUUGCUGUCCUGAUGUGUGAGCGGAGCCGGGUGUCGGUGGUGAAUAUGGGAAGGAAAUGCACAACUCGAAUGACCGCUGUUUUUAAAAAUGAACACUUUUUGCCUUGGCUUUGGUUUAGUACUCUUGUGUUUUUUAUAUUUUUAACUGAUAAACUUGUUGGAUGACAUGGAAAACACCUGUUGGACAAUCAGCACUGCAUCCACAGGAAAUGAGCGGAACACACUGGCUUCUCUGAUCUGUGGAGUCUCUUUAGAACGUAGAACCAGGCUGGUUCUAAAUCCUACAUUUCAGUAGGACUCGUGUUCCAGAUCACUGGUUUACAGUUGAGUCUAGGAAGAGGUGUGAAGCUGUUUUUGCUGCCUGUAUGAGUUUUAUUUGCUAUAAUUUAGUUUUUAGAUUUGAUCUUUUGAUGUAAAUGUUCAGAUGUGGUGUUUUGGCAGCAUCCUCUGUGUAUUCAUUGUCACUUUGCUCUAGGCAAGAGUUAUAUUGUUUUUUUAGGCUUUUCAGUAAGUGAAUGAAAUUUAAUAUGAAAUGCUACAUUUCAGUUGUUUUAUUCCAAAUAGCAGAUUUAAGACUUCCAAGUUGUGUCUUCCAACAAGUAAACUGGAUUGACAAAAGGCCGUCCAGGCAUGCUUUUAAUGACCUGUCAAUGUUUGUGUUUUUACUACCAGUAAAGAGAAUGUAUCAAAGCAAGUUUCAGAUUAAAUCUCCAGCAAACCUUUUCUAAACUUCUUUCCAGAUAACUUUACCUGUGGGUAAUUCUAUCAUUCUAUAAAAUAAGUGCUUUUAAUCCUGGUUCUCUCAAUCUGACAGUACUGUUAUUUGUCCAUGUUUCUGUCUAGCCUGCUGUCUGGUUACUAGUGCUGCUAUGGACCUAAAGGGAACUUUAUUUUCGACCUACAAAAACUGUGAAUAUUGAAUGUGGUAGAUUAUUCAGACCGUUAACUUUGAAGCAUUCCAUUACUAACUCAACAUGCACUGGAAACAGAUGCCUUACUUAUUUUUGAAAAAGGGAGAGCAGUUCUAUUAAAGUAAUUUGUGAAUGUUUACAUUGUUACCCAAGUGUUUAACUUUUAUACUGACUUGUAUCUCUAUUUUUUAGAAUGAAUUCUCUUGUAUGUAAAUGCUGCCAUAUACUAGAGUUUCUGUAUGUAGCAUUCAUGUAAAUAAUGUAUACACUUUUAGGCUCUUAUACUAAGAGUCUUGAUUCCUUUUUGAUUAAAAAAAAAUCUUUGUUAUGGCAUUCAUGACAAUAUUAAUAAAAAGUACAAAUUCUUUUUUCACUUUAA